UCAGUACUUUACAAUGGAUACUAGUAGAUUCUCUGCUCUUGUUUUGAUUCUCCUCCUUAACUUUAUUUCACUUCUCCUCAAAUGCCACUCAACUUCCCUGGAUGACAUAAAGACCUACAUUGUCUACACUGGCAACAACAUGAAAGAUGAAGCUGCUUCUUUGUCGCUUUACGAAAGCAUGUUACAAGAAGUUUCACACAGCAGCACAACACCUAAGCCUGUGUUGCACCACUACAAACGUAGUUUCAGUGGCUUUGCUGCGAAGCUAACGAAGGAAGAAGCAGAUACAAUGGCUGGACUUGAUGGAGUGGUGUCUGUCUUUCCUAGUAACAAUAAACAGCUGCUGACAACAAAGUCUUGGGAUUUUAUUGGCUUUCCACUACAUGCUGAAAGAACAAAAACUGAAAGUGAUGUCAUCAUUGGAUUAAUUGACACUGGAAUCUGGCCAGAGUCUGAAAGUUUUGAUGAUAAAGGAUUGAGUCCUCCACCUAGUAAAUGGAAGGGAACCUGCCAAACUUCUUCUAAUUUCAAUUGCAACAAUAAAAUUAUUGGUGCUCAGUAUUACAGAGCUGUGAGUGAAGGACCCUUGAGAAAAGAAGAUCUCAAAUCUCCAAGAGACUCAAAUGGUCAUGGGACUCAUACAGCAUCAACAGCAGCUGGUAACACAGUUACCAUGGCAAGCAUGUUAGGCCUUGGAGAAGGAACAGCAAGAGGAGGGGCUUCAUCAGCACGCAUUGCGGUCUAUAAAGUGUGUUGGUCUGAUAGUGGAUGUCUAGAUGAAGACAUUCUUGCCGCAUUUGAUGACGCAAUUGCGGAUGGGGUAGACAUAUUGUCAGUCUCUAUUGGAGGAAACAAUGAUCGUAACUAUUUUCAAGAUUCUUUGUCCAUUGGAGCAUUUCAUGCCAUGAGAAAUGGAGUUCUAACAGUAUUUGCAGCAGGUAACUCAGGUCCAGGGCUUGCAUCCAUAGAGAAUUUUGCACCUUGGUCAAUUUCUGUGGCUGCUAGUACCAUUGACAGGAAGUUUGUUACCAAGGUUGAAUUAGGAGACAGAAGAACUUAUGAGGGAAUCUCAAUAAAUACAUUUGACCUUAAGGGAGAAUUAUACCCUCUAAUCUAUGGUGGAGACGCACCAAACACUAGCGCAGGUUGGGAUGGAUCUCAAUCCAGGUAUUGCUUCCGAAAUUCGUUGGAUAAAAACUUAGUGAAGGGUAAAAUUGUUCUCUGCGAGGGCAGAUAUGAAAAGGCAGGAUCAGAAACCUUAGAAGCUGGUGCCAUUGGUUUGCUGACACAAGGUCAAACUGGUAGACAAAAUGCAAACUCUUUUCCCUUGUCUGCAUCUGACCUUGACUUGAAGGAUGCUGCCUAUAUAUAUGACUACAUAAACUCUACAAGGGCUCCAACUGCAACCAUAUUUAAGAGUGAUGAGUUAGAAGAUAGUUCAGCCCCUGAAGUAGUCAUUUUCUCAUCAAGGGGUCCAAAUUUAGUUACACCUGAAGUUCUAAAGCCGGAUUUGAUUGCUCCUGGAGUAAACAUCCUAGCCAGUUGGUCUCCAAUAUCACCUGUUUCUUUCUCUCUUGAUGACCUCAGAAAAUUACAAUUCAAUAUUAUCUCAGGAACAUCAAUGGCUUGUCCACAUGUGUCUGGUGCAGCAGGGUACAUCAAGUCAUUUCAUCCUGCAUGGUCUCCUGCUGCUAUCCGUUCAGCUCUAAUGACAACAGCUAAACAGUUGAGUCCCAUGAAUAACCUGGGGGCAGAAUUUGCAUAUGGAGCUGGCCAAAUCAGUCCUUCCAAGGCUAUGAAACCUGGUUUAGUGUAUGAUGCUACUGAAAGUGACUACAUAAGAUUUUUAUGUGGACAGGGCUAUAAUUCGAAGCGUCUACAUCUCAUCACAGGGGAUAAUAGCAGCUGCUCUGAGACAACUUAUGGAUCAGCGAGGGAUCUAAACUAUCCUUCGUUUGCACUUCAAGCCUCACCUUCAUAUCCCAAUGUGUAUGGCACUUUCAAGAGGACAGUCACUAAUGUUGGGUCCCCAAUCUCCACAUAUAAAGCUUUUGUGACUUCUCCUUUAGGACUUAAGAUCAAAGUAAAGCCAAAUGUUCUAUCAUUCAAAUAUCUUGGCGAAAAGAAAACAUUUGUGCUCACUGUUGAUGGUACUUACCAAGUGAGGAGCCCUAUUGUUGUGUUUGGUGCAGCUAUACUAUAAUGUAAAAGCUAAGCAUUUGCUGGUUAGCAUUGGAUAAAGGUUUUCUGGAUUGUAUGUGCUGUGAUCGUGAUUGAAUAAAACUGCAUAAUUAAUACUGCUAUUUACCAUUGUUUUCAAUAUUUCCUUCAAUUCUUGAAUCAGUUUCAACAGCAACCAUGAGAGGGAUUGCAUGAGUAAAAUACAGUUCUAACGUUUCCAAAAUCAUAAGAAUAUUCAACAAUCUCAUUAUUCCUUUGAUUUUCUAUACAUAUAUGAUAUAUAUUCAUUAUUGUAAUGGGAUUGAAUCCAUGACAUGGAGAAUUGUUUUUCAACAAUCUCAAGUGGGCAAUAUGACUAUUAUAUGUGAAUUAGUUUUUGGGUGUAUAACUAACAAAAAACAUUUUAAUUCAUGUGUUAAAAAUUAGAAUAUUAUUUUGCCACGGUGCUGAGCAUUGGUUUUCUUUCUUCACGCUUGAACUUGUCAUAGCCGAUGGUACACAUGAGUGAGGAGGAGAUGAAAUUGUCAAUUCCUUUUAGAUCAUCAUCACCCUAUGAUUAGACAAUGGAAGAUGAAGAUAGCAAGGAGAAGGAGAAGAGUUGAUGAUGGAAAGUACGAAAUUUCCGUCAUCAACGAUGGUGUUUGGUCACAAUUAGAGAAGAUGGUGGAACGAAAUUUCCGUCAUCUUUGUAUGACAUCAGGUUAGUAGGAGCUUGCAAGUUUUCAAUUUUCCUCUCAUCUAUCUACAAAUACUGCUAAUGUUUAGGUUUUUUUCAGCAUGGAAGAUCAAGGUUAGGGUUCUGCGUUUGUGGGAGAUGUUUGCAGUUGGUGAUAUAGCGAAACCAUAUGCCAUGAAUCUGGUGUUAAUAGAUUCAGAGGGUCUGAAAAUUCAAGCUUCCAUCAACAAGAACUUCAUUUCCAAAUUCACAAGUCAAUUGGCUGAGGGGAAUGUUUACAAGAUCACAUAUUUUUCUGUUGGUGAGAAUGGUGGUGCAUUUCGGGCCACUAGCAUGAGUUCAAGAUAUCUUUUAAUGGAAGGACACGUGUAGUUACUGACUCUUCUGAGAUCAUCCCAUAUGUUGGAUUAACAUUGAAGAACUCAUUUGACAUUGCAGCUACCAUGGGGAAAGUGACUAUCUUAUAGACAUCAUUGGGUUGGUAAAAGCAAUGUCAGCUGAGAAGAAAUAUAUCAAGUCUGGGCAUGUUACAAGGAAGAUUGAGUGAUGACAAAGUUCGAAACUAGGUCUGCUGAGAUUUCCUUUGCUGAAGGUGGUAUAUCAGAUGAAAUUCAGCGUCUAAAAGCACUUAAAAUCUCUGAUGAUCUGUCCAUUGUUGAAGAACCAAUGUUAGCCGAGAUUCAUCAUCUCAAAGCAAUUAAAAUCUGUGAUGAGGUGCCUGUUAUGCCUGUGUGUGAAGAGAAGACUCUUGAUUUGCCAACUGAUUAGGUUCAAUUUCAUUGGAAACAUGAAGAUUUCAUUGAAGUUGCUGUGUUGGAUGUUCAUGCCCUAAGUGCAAAUGGUUGUUGUUAGUUCUCAAUGAAGACAUCCUUAUGUUAUAUUUUGUUUAGUAUUUACUAUUUUCUGUGUAGGUUACCUUUUGUAUAACAAAGGUGCCAAUAUGUUAGGUGCACUAUUUAGAAUGUGUGUUAUUGGAAUUCCACUUUUGUUAUGCCAAGUAAUGUGCUACAAGUCAUUCAUAUCAGGCAGGUUGUAAUAUUUUGGAACCAAGUGUGUUAAGUUGAACUGGUUGUUGCUUCCACACUAUUAUUAUAAGUGGUUGUUUAUGUGAAGUUAUUAUGUUAUUGCUGAAGAUGUUAUAAGUAUUUGUUUUGUAGUA